UCCGUUUCGGUCCAGCCGGGCUGCGGCCAUUGUUUGUGUGGACUGAAUGUUUUGGCCAUCACGGUCCACUCUCACAGGCUCCGUUAAGUGACGUGAACUCUUGGGAGGACUGAGCCAGAAGCGGACAGGGCAAGACGAGCUGUGUUUGAAGGAAGAGGGGCAGAAAAUCGAGGGUCAGGGACUGAAAAGCGACUCCGGUUUAGAAACCCCGGAGACACCGGUGUAGGAACCUACCUGUGAUCAGCAAGGAAGGACUGGGUUGGCAAAGGCUCAUGCCCCCAUUUUACAGCUCAGCCAUCUCAGCACUACCCUUCCCGAGAAGAGGAACACAAAGGAGGAAGGAAUGUACACUGUUUUCCUCAUAGUCUGAUCCCAGAUUUCUUUUUCCUAGAAAGCCUGAUCUUUGACCAGAUGGCAGUAACGUUUGAAGAUGUCACUAUUAUUUUUACUUGGGAAGAGUGGAAAUUCCUGGAUUCUUCUCAAAAAAGGCUCUACAGGGAGGUCAUGUGGGAGAACUACACAAAUGUCAUGUCAGUAGAAAACUGGAAUGAGAGCUACAAAUCCCAAGAAGAAAAAUUCAGAUACUUAGAAUAUGAAAAUUUUUCCUGCUGGCAAGGCUGGUGGAAUGCUGGUGCUCAGAUGUGUGAGAAUCAGAACUAUGGGGAAACUGUUCAAGGGAAAGAUUCCAAAGACCUAACACAGCAAGAUCGCUCCCAGUGUCAGAAAUGGUUAAUACUUUCCACACAAGUACCAGGGUGUGGGAACUAUGAACUGACUUUUGAAAGCAAAAAUCGCAGGAACUUAAAAUAUAAAAAUUUUAUACCUUGGCAGUCAUUAGAAACAAAAACCACCCAAGACUAUGGUAGAGAAAUCUACAUGAGUGGUUCACAUGGUUUUCAAGGGGGCAGAUACCAUCUUGGCAUAUCCAGGAAAACCCUCUCCAUGGAAAAAGAACAGAAGCUCAUAGUUCAGCAUUCUUAUAUCCCAGUGGAGGAAGCCCUUCCACAGUACGUUGGGGUGAUAUGUCAGAAAGACCUACUGAAAGAUUCAAUGGAAGAAAACUACUGUGGAUGUAAUAAAUGUAAAGAAAUUUAUUGUUGGAACUCACGGUGUAUUUUCCACAAGAGAAAUCAACCUGGAGAAAACCUCUGUCAAUGUUCCAUCCAUAAAGCAUGCUUCUCUCAGAUAUCAGCCUUGUAUAGACAUCCAAGAAUCCACAUAGGUAAGAAGCUGUAUGGAUAUGAUGAAGUUGACAGUAACUUUCAUCAGAGCUCAGGAGUUCACUUUCAUCAGAGAGUUCACAUAGGGGAGGUACCUUACAGCUGUAAUGCAUAUGGUAAGAGCUUCAGCCGGAUCUCUAGUCUUCACAAUCAUCAAAGAGUUCACACAGAAGAGAAAUUCUAUAAAAUUGAGUGUGAUAAAGACCUCAGUAGGAAUUCAUUACUUCACAUUCACCAGAGACUUCACAUAGGAGAGAAGCCUUUUAAGUGCAAUCAGUGUGGUAAGAGUUUUAAUCGGAGUUCAGUACUUCAUGUUCAUCAGAGAGUCCACACAGGAGAAAAACCAUAUAAGUGUGAUGAGUGUGGUAAGAGCUUCAGCCAGAGCUCAAAUCUUCGAAUUCAUCAGUUAGUACACACAGGAGAGAAGUCUUAUAAAUGUGAAGACUGUGGUAAGGGCUUUACCCAACGCUCAAAUCUUCAAAUUCAUCAGAGAGUGCAUACAGGAGAGAAACCUUAUAAAUGUGAUGACUGUGGGAAGGACUUUAGUCACAGCUCAGAUCUUCGCAUUCAUCAGAGAGUCCAUACAGGGGAGAAACCCUAUUCUUGUCCUGAAUGUGGGAAGAGCUUCAGUAAGAGUUCAAAGCUUCACACUCAUCAAAGAGUACAUACUGGAGAGAAACCCUACAAAUGUGAAGAGUGUGGCAAGGGAUUCAGUCAGCGUUCACAUCUUCUCAUUCAUCACAGAGUCCAUACAGGAGAAAAGCCCUAUAAAUGUGAUGAUUGUGGAAAGGGUUUUAGUCACAGUUCUAAUCUUCACAUUCAUCAGAGGAUCCAUACAGGAGCGAAACCUUACCAAUGUGCUAAGUGUGGUAAAGGUUUCAGUCAUAGCUCAGCUCUUCGAAUUCAUCAAAAAGUCCACACAGGAGAGAAACCUUAUAAAUGCCAUGAAUAUUAUAAGGGAUUUGAUCAUAAUUCACAUCUUCACAAUAAUCAUAGAAGAAGAAACUUAUAAAUGUUGUUCAUUUAGUUAACAGCUUCAAUCAAAGUUUACCUAACCUUUAAACCCUAAAGUGCUGCUGAUAAGGAAAUCUUAUAAAUAACAGAAGUAAUCCCAAGCAACAUUUAUAGUUUCCCCUAUCUCCCACUAAGAAUUAUUUGCUUCAAAAGGAGAUCUUUAGAAAAAUCCCUAUAUAUUUAAAAUUAUUGUGUAUUUUUCUUUACCUACUAUAAAUAUAAUGCAGUCAUAAAAUAUAUUAAACAUUUAAGGAGAAAACUCUUCAUUCU